UUGUCAACGCCCACUAUCAGAUGUACACUCCCAGCACCCCCCAGCAAAGAGGGAGGGUAGAGUCCACCUUUGCAGGUGCUGCAAAACCUGAUGUGCAGCCCUGUUAGAUACAUGUGGGCUUGAUAAUGCAAUUAAUUUUCUGAUGCUGACUUAGGGUAGGACUAAAUGGACGUUUUCAUCAUGAUCUGACGCGCUGCAACAAAACACCGGCAUCAAAUUGCAUGCGGCAGAAAUAAGACUGUCUUAAAUAACCCAUUCUAAUAAUGUUGGCUCGUCAGAGAUCCACCUGCUUUCUUUUGGACCCUCCCCGUGUACAUGGGUCAGACUUUGUGGAGAUGCUACAACUCAUUGGUUAUCCGGGAGCUGCUGAUUUGAAGGGUGAAGAUUUUGAUUGGCUAUGUGAGAGUAAUGAGGAGGCAGAAGUCUUUCUAGGUUGGCUCUGUGGGGCAGUUGAUCAGCAUAAUGCCCUGAAUGCAGAACAGUUGGAUGCCUACAGUGCUCUUAUAGCUUCAGAGCAACCAAUUCUGGAAGCAGAAGAACUACAUAGCCUAUAUGUAGGCAGAGGUGGAAAUGAAGGAGACUGGGAAAUGGAAGAUAUGAAAAGUUUAGAGGAAUUGGAGGCAGAGGUGCAAAGCCUAAGGAACCUUAGAUUGCAUAGGCUGCAUUCUAGAAACAAGCUGGAGUCCUUGGGAUUUGUUUUGCUGAACAAUCGUCUGUCUUUGGAAAAAUGGGAAAAAGAGGAAGACAAAAUUUUAAAUCGCACUAAGGAAGGGCUGGCAGGCCUGAACACAAGGUCUAAUGCAGCACUUGCAAAGCUUCGAGAUAUGGCAUCAGAAAUUGGAGGGCUGCACUGUGCUCAGUCUGCUUCUGAUCUCUUUGUCUCAUUAUUUGAUCUAGAAGGUUACAUGAGACUAGAGGAGACAUGCUGGAGGGAGUUGGAAGAGUGUGCCAUGAAGAUGUUGCCUGUAAAAAAAGAAGAGGUAGAGCAAGACAGAAAGGCACAACAAGAAAUUGGAGAAGAAAUUGAAAGGAUGAGAACAGUUUGGGCAUCUCAGAGAAUGCAGCUAAGCUUAGCCCUAGGAACUUUGAGUGGAAAAGAGGAGGUGCUGAGCUGGAUAAAUGGGAAUGAAGCAGAACAGUGGGAUCCACUGAGAAUUCCAUCCUUGGAGCGAGAGGCCCAGUCGCUAGAAUCAGAGGUGGAGACUCUGCAGACUCAGAGAUUGCCUACAUCUGUAUGUGGGGCAUCUUUGGGGCUUUGUAUCCCUGCACACCAAGGAUGGCUGCACAUGAAGCAGGAACAGCUCACAUGGGUAGAACAGGCCCAGGCACCAAUUUCAGAUGCUUUAAUCCAUCAACUAUCUCGCCUACAGCUUGUUGAGCUGGGCUUACUGGCAGAGAUGAAGGCGCAUCGCCAGACUGAAAGUCUUUUGAGAGGUUUGAUCAAUGAAAUGGGAAUUUGGAAUAGUGAUCUUGGGAAGAGAAUCCUGGGACCAAUGGAGCUGCGACUUACGUCACAAUGGUUGACCCCUCUGCGUAUCGACAGUAGGGAUCAAACAGCAGUAAGGCUCUCAAUGAUGCUGGAUGAUCCAAAUAACCAAAAAGAGUUAUUUCCAAAAUAUGAGGCAUUGCAGCGCAGGGGAGCAGCCCUUGUACAGGAGUUGAUGGCCCUAAAUAACAGGCUCCAUGGAUGUCUACCUCAAACAGCAGGCCUUGAGCAAGAAUGUGAUGAGCUUCACCACUGUCUGUGCCGAGGAACACCCAACCUACAACUAAGAGAACCGAUCCUAACUGUCUCCUUUGAGACACUUUCUUCUUCUGUCUCCCAGUUCAACCAGUGGUGUCUGGACUGUUUGCGAGAUUUGGAAAGGAAGAAGCUUUCUAUUCAGACAUCUCGCCUGUACCAAGAGAGGCAGCUAUAUGUGAUGUUCUACAGGGAUCCUGCUCUACUAAGCACAACUGUUGAGGAUCUGGAGAAGCGUGUAGAGGAGCUCCAGUUGCACUAAUCCUUAUUUUGUUACAUAACAUUAAAUAAACAAAGCCUUCACUUAU